AUGGCGGAAACAGCAUGCAUGACAGUCCGCGACAUCGUCACUGAUCCCUCCCUCCUACCCGUCCUCCAGGUCAGCGCAAAUGCGCAUAACGAAUGCCAAAAACUUCUGCAGCUGCUCGAUCCAAACAAUGCAGCGACUACUGCUACCAUACCGUCACAGGAAACAAUCCUGGCAAUCUCCAGACAGCAAAAGAUUCUAUACGCACUCCUUGCACAGCUGCGCGGAUUAAAUCGCGAUGCUAUUCUCCGCGUCCGAGAGACCAAGCAAGUAACCGCCCAAGCACGUCAAGAGAUUGAUCGGUUACAUCUGCAAUUACAAAAUCUAUACUAUGAGCAGAAACAUUUGAUGGGUGAAAUUGCUGCUUGUGAAUCAUAUGAUCAUAUAUAUCGAUCCCUCCCACUCAUCCCAGAAGAGGAUUUCUUCAAUUAUUCCCUGAACACGCAGACUCAGACCCCCACGAACUCAUGAUUGCGCGCAUAAAACAUGAACAUGACGAGCGAGAGAAACUAGAGCAAGCGAGACAGGAGCUCUUGAAACGGAAACAGGCUCUGAUUGCCGAGAAUAAAAAGAGGAAGGACGAUUUGGCCAACCUUGAUGCAGAUUUGGAGAGGUUUAUUGAUGCGGCCAAACCGAUUCAGAAAAUCUUUGAAAAGGAGUAUUAAUAUCCCCAAGGAUGUGUACGUUGGUUGCAUGGCGUUGUUUGUAGAUACCCAGCUAUUACUUCAUAGCAUAUAACGGCGUUCAUGCUUGGUUCGACAGUUUAUCAAUAGAAUACAAUAUGGUAUCAUGAAUUAGAAGACUUCCUCCGCUUGAGCUCAACCACAAAAUUCUUCACCUCCCUCAACAACCCCAUCACUAACGGAACUCCAAUAGGCCCCAACAGCGGCAAAUAAACCGCAAUCUUAUGCUCGUCCGGAAAGUACAUUUGCCCAACCAUACUCUUCUCAAAGAAACUCUUCUCGGCUUCCUUUUCGGCUAUCCGUGCGCUCGCUAAUGCGGCGGUGAAUUUUCCUUCGCGGAGGAGCUGGCAUGUGGAUUUUAGAUGGGAUAAGGUGGUGAGGACGGAUGAGGCGACGUUUAAGGGGAUAGGAAUUGAGGAGAGGGAUUGAGUGAGGCGGGCUAAGGAGCCCAUUGUUGAUGAUGCAGAUAGCAACAACGUAGCUGCUCGGGUACGUAUUGAGGUUUGGAGGCGGAGUGGGAGUGAGGAUGGUGUGGCUGGCGUGCCGAGGAGAGUGAGGAGUUGGUGCGAGAAGAUGAGGAGAGCAGGUUUCAAUGACUCCUUAGAGAGGUGUGGCGGAUUGACAGCGUCGCCAGCCGCAAUAGUAGAUACUGGUGGAUUGACAAUAGCAACACCACCCCAUUGCGGCACAAUCCAGCUCGUUGCAAGACUCUCCUUAACGACCAACGGCGAUUGUGCUGCAGCAGGAACAUAAAGAACAAAAUUAAUCGUUGGUCCGCUGCCUAUACUCGGACUCAAUGGCCAUUCUGCCGCGUUCACAAAGGUGCUAAGAUCUUCCUCCUUGAGCGUCCAUUGUUCAGUUCUUUCAUCAUACUCCGGAUGAGGAGAUGUCGGGGCGAAUGAAGCAUACAACUGGACCUGAGUGUCUAUUGAAAAGUUGCUGAUUGGCGAGAAGGCGUCCAACAAUGGAACCAUGUAUUCUUGAAUUGCAUCUUCAAUUUCCCACGACGACGGUUGUGAACCAGGUGUGAAAAGAGAAAAGGACAAAUGGUAUGUCUCUGCGUACUUGAGCGACCUGCCGACUCGUUUGCUGACGAGCUCCGCCAAUUGACCUCCUCCAGGGUACGAAGAUGCCAAUGCAGGGUUGCUCUGGCCCAAAAUAUAUGCUAUUGUUGCUUUCUCCUCGUUGAAUAAUUUCUGAAUCUCGCCAGCGAUAAAUGUGAUAAGUGGGGAGGUUGUCGAGGUAAUGGACGAGAGCUGACUAGACGGGUACCAUAUAUCCAUGCGUGGUGAAUAGGAAUGAAGCUGUGAAGUAGGAGUUGCGAUUUCCGUAGGAAUGAGAUUUACGACCAGUGCUGCAUUUGAUUUAUCCACUGAUUCAACAUCGCUAUCAAGUUUAUUGUUUUCUUUCGUCUCAGUAUG